AUGGCCUCUGUCGACGCUGGUACCAAGAUUCUACUUCUGGGGAAGAUUUAUCAUGCACACAAGAGUUGGGAGGCACUGAGUGAGCUUGGAGAGCUGGUUCACUGCACAGCAACUCACCGAGCUGAAUUCCUCCAGCAAUGUCGUGAUGGAAAAUAUGAUGGUAUCACUGCUAUCUACCGUACUUUCCCUUCAGCAGAGAUUACUGGACUAUUUGACGAGGAGCUUGUGAACGCGCUUCCUAGCUCUUUGAAGUAUCUUGCGCAUUGUGGAGCUGGGUACGACCAAAUUGAUGUCCAUGCAUGCAGUGCACGCAACCCUAUUAUCCGCGUUUCUAAUGUUCCCACCGCUGUGGAUGAUGCUACCGCUGAUGUGAACAUGUUCCUAAUCAUUGGUGCAUUGCGCAAUUUCAACACUGGAAUGACUGCUCUGCGUGAAGGCAAAUGGCGCGGCUCACCAUCCCCUCCUCUUGGUCAUGAUCCUCAAGGCAAGGUUCUGGGAAUUCUGGGAAUGGGCGGCAUUGGACGGAACUUGAAGAAGAAGGCCGAGGCUUUUGGCAUGAAGGUAAUUUACCAUAAUCGCCGUCAAUUGAGCGAAGAGCUUUCCGGAGGAGCACAAUAUGUGACUUUUGACGAGUUGCUCUCGACUAGUGAUGUGAUCAGCUUGAAUUUGCCGUUGAAUAAAAACACUCGACACAUUAUCAGCAAAGCUGAGUUUGCCAAAAUGAAAGAUGGUGUGGUUGUAGUCAAUACUGCUCGUGGAGCUGUUAUGGACGAAGCUGCACUUGUUGAGGCUCUUGACAGCGGUAAAGUGUUCUCUUCUGGUCUGGACGUUUUUGAAGAAGAGCCCAAGAUUCAUCCUGGUCUUGUCAGCAAUCAGAAUGUCAUCUUAGUGCCUCACAUGGGUACUUGGACUAUUGAGACUUUGACUGCGAUGGAAGAAUGGGCUAUUGAGAAUAUCCGCUCUGGCAUUGAGAAGGGUAAGCUUAAGAGCCCGGUCGCAGAGCAGGUUGACCUGUAG